GUUGGCAGGCAGAGUCCGAGGGUGGUGCCGUACCCAGCCCACAGUCUAUGUCCUGGAGAGCCUGGCCUUCAGAGUGCAGCAGUUGUGUCAAUGGGCUCAGCUGAUCAUCGACUGAACCUAGCAGAGAUCCUUUCACAGAACUAUGGUGUACGGGAAGAAAGGGAAGAAGAUGAUGAUACUCAGGAGAAGCAGAAAUCUUUAGAAGAGCUGGAGAAGAGUUUCAGUGCCUCUCAGAGCAGUGAAAUGCCAUUUGAGGAGCUGCUUGCACUUUAUGGCUAUGAGGCAUCUGAUCCCAUCUCGGAGCAGGACAGUGAGAGCAAUGAUAUUACUCCAAAUCUCCCAGAUAUGACUCUGGAUAAGGAACAAAUAGCGAAGGAUUUGCUUUCAGGGGAAGAAGAGGAGGAGACACAGUCUUCAGCUGAUGAUCUGACUCCAUCUGUCACGUCCCACGAUGCAUCGGACCUAUUCCCAAACCAGCCUGGCUCAAACAACUUCCUUGCUGAUGAAGACAAAGAGCCCUGUUCAUCUCCGUGUGCUUCCUCCAUGGCUGGGAAGUCAGAGGAGGUUUCCACCCCAUCCAGUGAGUCUAAGGAGAUCAUGGUUGGACCUCAGUUCCAAGCCACUGUUCCCAUCCUCCACUUAAACAGGCAUGGUGAAAAAGCUUAUGAGAACGAAGACCAGCUGCUUUGGGACCCAAACAUACUCCCCGAGAGAGAGGUUGAAGAGUUCCUAUACCGUGCAGUGAAGCGGCGAUGGGACGAGCUGUCUAGCAGCAGCCUGCCAGAAGGAGAGAUGGUGAAGGACAACGAACAGGCUUUGUAUGAGCUGGUUAAAUGCAACUUCAAUGCAGAAGAGGCACUGCGGAGGUUACGGUUCAAUGUGAAGGUUAUCAGAGAUGAGCUUUGUGCCUGGAGUGAGGAAGAAUGUAGAAAUUUUGAACAUGGCUUCAGGGUCCAUGGGAAAAACUUUCAUCUUAUCCAAGCAAACAAGGUCCGCACCCGGUCAGUGGGCGAGUGUGUGGAGUAUUACUACAUGUGGAAAAAAUCAGAGCGCUAUGACUACUUCACUCAGCAGACUCGUUUAGGAAGGAAGAAGUACGUCCUCCACCCUGGAGCCACGGAUUACACCGACAAUGACUUGGAUGGAGGUGAAGUAGAAAAUACUAGUCGUUCCCGGAGCUCCCCACCAAUUCCCUCUGCAACGAGCUGCCUGGAUUCUCACUUCGGUCAAGAUCAGAUAGCAAUAGAGAGCACAGAGCCCCUGAGCGUGGAGAGCACGGCCUGCAGCCUGGGCAGCAUGAGUGAAUCGGGGCAGGGCUAUGAGUGCAGUACUCCUUCGGAGACGAAUUGUUCCUUUGACCCCACGGAGGAGACGUCCUCAGGCGCCAUCUCGGCUUCCUGCACACAACACACUGUCAACCCCUCGGAAUCGGGGCUCUAUGCUUUGCCGCCAGCAGGACCAGGACUAGCAGAGAAGCAGGAGACAUUGCAGAGCUCUGGUGAGACGAUAACCAUGGACUUCACUCUCCCUGCAGACAUUAACGAGGGUUUGCCUUUAAUUGCUGGCCCUGUGGAUUUGGACAGAGACCCAGAGGCAGCGGUGGCCCCUGCGCAAGUGUCCUUAUCGGUCACAGAUUUUGGCCUCAUUGGCAUCGGAGAUGUAAAUAGUUUUCUGACUGCUCAUCAGGCUUGCCCAGCACCUGUGGCUCGGUCAGAGCCUUUGUCACAGUGA